ACGGCGCUGCGUCACGCGCUACGUCACGGGUCAGAGGUGAGCGGCCUGUGCCGGGCUGGAGCCUGGCGGCGUUAAGAAUUGAAGUGAAAAUGGGUCACACUCACGUGGCAAACAUUGUUGAUCUACAAAAGAAUACCGCCAACAUCCGCAAUAUCUGCAUAGUAGCUCAUGUGGACCAUGGUAAAACUACCUUAGCUGACAGCCUUAUUGCUAGCAAUGGGAUCAUUUCUAAUCGACUUGCAGGAAAGUUACGAUAUAUGGAUAGUCGAGAAGAUGAGCAGAUCAGAGGAAUCACAAUGAAAUCCAGUUCUAUAUCGUUGCACUUCAAUACAGAUAAUCAAGAAUAUCUCAUCAAUAUGAUCGAUUCCCCAGGCCACGUGGAUUUCUCCUCUGAAGUAUCCACUGCGGUGCGAGUAUGUGAUGGUGCUGUGGUUGUUGUGGAUGUUGUAGAAGGUGUCUGCCCUCAGACUCAGGCAGUGUUGCGCCAGGCCUGGUUGGAGAACAUUCGCCCAGUUUUAGUCAUUAACAAAAUCGAUCGGCUGAUCAUUGAACUAAAACUAACUCCUCUUGAAGCUUAUAUUCAAUUGCAGAAGACUCUGGAGCAGGUAAAUGCGGUAACUGGGAGUCUUUUUACUUCCAAAGUAUUGGAAUCAAGAGCAGAGAUGGAUGUCACACGAGAGCCUACUUCAGACUGGACGACUAGUGGGCAGAUUUAUGACUGGAGCGCUGGUCUGGAAGAAACAGAUGAUUCGCACCUCUACUUUGCCCCAGAGCAAGGGAAUGUGGUUUUUGGAAGUGCUAUUGAUGGCUGGGGCUUCAGAAUUGGGCAGUUUGUCCAAAUGUACAGUGAGAAAAUGGGUAUAAACUCUGAAGUGUUGCUGAAGACUCUUUGGGGUGACUACUAUCUGAACACAAAAUCGAAGAAGAUAAUGAAAGGAGCGCAGUCAAAAGGAAAAAAGCCUCUCUUUGUGCAAUUAGUGUUGGAAAACAUCUGGAGCCUGUACGAGGCUGUAGUUGUCCGAAGGGACAAAGAGAAGAUUAACAAGAUAGUGAAUUCACUGGGUCUGUCCAUUCUACCUCGUGAUUCACGGCACUCCGACCCUAGAGUGCAUCUCAAUGCCAUCUGCACUCAGUGGCUUCCCAUCUCGCACGCUGUGCUGGAAAUGGUUUGCAAGAAGCUUCCUAGCCCGUUGGAUAUUACUGAAGAGCGGGUUGAAAAACUCAUGUGUGUUCGCAGCAGAAGAUUUGAUUCACUGCCUAUCCAGACACAAGCACUCAAACAAGCAUUUCUUGAAUGCAAGAGUGAUGGGACAGCUCCGGUCAUUGUAUUUAUUUGCAAGAUGUUUGCUGUUGACUCCAAGGGUAUACCCCAGAAUAAGCCAAGGCCCUUGACUCGGGAAGAAAUAGUUCAGAGACGGGAGCAGGCCAGGAAUAGACUUGCUGAGAAACUUGCCAAUCAGGGAAAGCAGAUGGGAGAAAACUCCGAGAUCCCUGCAGCCAAUGCAAGCACGAGAGGUGACCAGGUACCAAGCCAGGUGGAGCAGGCGGCCUUGAAUGCUCCCCAACAGGAAAGUGAACAGAAAGACCACUUCAUUGCAUUUGCCAGGGUUUAUAGUGGAACAGUCCGCAGAGGACAGAAAUUGUUUGUGCUGAGCCCAAAAUACAACCCUUCGGAUGCUUUAGCCAAGUUGCCUGAAAAUUAUUCGCCUGAUGAUGAGCUAUUGAUUCCACACCUGAGUUCUUGUACGGUUCAGGACUUGUAUCUGCUAAUGGGGAAAGAAUUGGAAGAUGUACAAGAAGUACCUGUUGGCAAUGUGCUAGGUAUUGGUGGCUUAGAAGAUCACGUCUUAAAGUCUGCCACGUUGUCGACUUCUCCAUUAUGCCCUCCUUUUACGCCCUUGAACCUUGAUGCAAUUCCUAUUGUACGAGUCGCGGUGGAACCUAAACAUCCAAGUGAAAUGCCACAGCUGGUGAGGGGGAUGAAGCUACUUAACCAAGCGGACCCAUGUGUGGAGGUGCUAGUCCAGGAGACGGGAGAGCACGUAUUGAUAACUGCUGGAGAAGUCCACCUCCAACGUUGCCUAGAUGACCUCCGUGAAAGAUUUGCAAAGAUUGAAAUCAGUUCAUCAUCGCCAAUUGUUCCAUUCAGAGAGACCAUUAUCCGACCACCAAAGAUGGACAUGGUGAAUGAAGACAUCGGCACUCAGCAAAAGGUGGCUGUCAUUCACCUAAAGAAGGAAGAUCAGAGUAAAUAUCCUGAAGGUUUUGGUGUGGAUUCUGAUGGACUUGUCACGUUGAAUACUCCCAACAAGUUGGCGACUAUCAGCGUGAGGGCCUUGCCACUUCCAGAAGUGGUAACUCAGUUACUUGAAGAAAAUUGUGAUCUGAUUCGUGCAAUGGAACACUUCAACCUAUCGGUCAAAGAAGGCAGAGAAGUUCAAGAAAUUAACUCCACAACUCUUGAAGCGAUCAGGAUGUUUAAGCAAAAGCUGGAGGAGAAUUUAGUUGGCCGGAAAUGGAGAAAUGCAGUCAACCAAAUGUCAUCAUUUGGACCACGGCGUAAUGGUCCCAACAUUUUACUGAAUGGGUUAAAAGACUAUGAAAGGCCGUCGAUGUGGCAGUGCCUUGACAAAAGCAGCAGGGAUUUAGGAGCCUACAGGGACUUUGACAACAGUAUAGUCAGUGGAUUUCAACUGGCGGCUCUUUCAGGCCCUAUCUGUGAAGAGCCUCUCAUGGGCGUUUGUUUCAUCCUGGAAAAAUGGGACAUGAGUUAUAAAGAGCAGCAGUUUGUUCAAACUCACCAUCAUUCUCCCACCGAAGGACAGACAUCUAAAACUGAAGUGUGUCAGGAGAUAACCUCAAAAGAAAAUAGCCUAUCUAACUUGAACCCUGUGUUGGAAAGUUCAGAAGCUCAACAUGGUCAGAUCGAGACUCCAGCCAAGAGUUCAGAGGCUGGACAUUGUAACUCUGAAGUGGUGGUCAUGGAUUGCUAUGGCCCUUUCUCAGGCCAGCUCAUUGCCACCAUGAAGGAAGCUUGUCGCUUUGCCUUUCAAGCUAAACCACAGCGGUUAAUGACAGCGAUGUAUACAUGCGAAAUUAUGACCACGGCAGAAGUGUUGGGUCGAGUCUAUGCAGUCCUGUCCAAACGUACAGGCCGGGUGUUACAGGAAGAGAUGAAGGAGGGGACAGAAAUGUUCAUCAUCAAGGCGGUUUUACCAGUUGCAGAGAGCUUUGGUUUUGCUGACGAAAUCAGGAAACGGACCAGUGGCCAAGCCAGCCCACAGCUCGUGUUCAGUCACUGGGAGGUUAUACCAAGUGACCCCGACUGGGUUCCUACAACAGAAGAGGAGUACCUGCACUUUGGGGAGAAAGCUGAUUCUGUAAACCAAGCGCACAAAUACAUGAACACUGUCCGCAAACGGAAAGGUCUGUAUGUGGAAGAGAAGAUUGUUGAGCAUGCUGAAAAACAGAGAACCCUCAGUAAAAAUAAAUAAUUGCUUCAAAAUGUUCAUUCUUGCAAGGAUAUGGCCUCAUCUGUAAAGAAUGGUAAGGUUGCAAUAUGAUGAAAUAUAAAAUUAGCACAUUUGAGAACUGGCAAAUUCAUAUUAAUAUUUUUAAUAUGAAAAAACCUUCAAACUCAAAUCACUGUUCCAAUUAUUGAAUAUAAACUGCCAUCAACAGAAGUCACGGUUUAACUGCAACAUGUUAAGAUUAUAUGUGAAAUAUACUUUUUAUUGAAAGAAAAUGUGCUGCAGUUACUUAAACGUGUGGCUAAUGAAGUCAGGCAUUUGUAUGGCACCCUGUGUCGUUUGUAGAUGCUGGCAAUUGACAUUCAUUUGGUCUGGUUUGAAUUACUCUUAACUAACCCAAGAGUCUAAAGCAGCACAGUGGAGUCCUUUAAUCAUCCCUAAUCCUGAUUCAGUCGAUAUAGAUUGAAAUUUCAAGAAUGUAAUGCUCACAAACUCCUGGUGGACUGCACUCACCAGGUUUAAAUUAAAACUAAUUAACCACCCAUUGAAAUAAUUUUACAGGAAGAAAUGAAACCAGUGACUUUCCUGCAAUGUGGUACGGUUUUAUAGAGGAAGUGUCUGUGAAAGUUACAUUUUGGGGAUGCCCACACAUUCUUGGGUGUUGUUCAGAUGGCUGUAACACACUCGGUUACUUCCAAGAUGUUUUAAACUUCCAUAAAGCACAAUGGGGACUCCACCUUCUGCAGAUAUUACAGCCUCGGCGAUAUGUUACCUGUUCAAAGAUUUUGGUUGUAUAGAAAUUAAUCUUGAAAUAAAUAACUUGCUCUAAAAAUG